AUGGAUCCAGCCUUCCAGAAAGAACUCACCUGCUUCAUCUGCUUGAACUACCUUACAGACCCUGUCACCAUAGGCUGUGGGCACAACUUCUGUAGGCCCUGUCUCUGCCUUUCCUGGGAAAAAGCUGAAACGCCUGCCUGUUGCCCAUUGUGCAGGCAAACAUCAGAGCAGACAGCAUUCAAAACCAAUAUUCUUGUGAAGAAUCUGGUGUCCCUUGCCAGACAAGCCAGCCUCUGGCAAUUCCUGAGCUCUGAGGAACAGAUGUGUGGGACUCACAAAGAGACAAAGAAGAUGUUCUGUGAAGAGGGCAAGAACCUGCUCUGUUUUCUCUGCUCUAACUCUCAGGAGCACGAGGCUCACAGACACUGUUCCAUAGAAUGCGCUGUUGAGGAAUACCGGUAUUAUGUGUUUCUACUGUCAGAGAUUAUCAGGUCUGAGUAUCAGAAAUUGCAUCCAAAUCUCCUUGAGGAAGAAAAACAACAUUUAGAGGGACUGAAAAAUGAAGGCAAGAAGAUAUUUCAGCAACUGAAGAAAAGUGAAGCCACAAUGGUUCAAAAGGGGAGGCACCUGAGAGAAAUGUAUGAGGAGCUGAGGAAUAUGUGCCAUAAAUCAGAUGUGGAGUUGCUCCAGGAUUUGGGAGACAUAUUGACCAGGAGCGAGUCCGUGCAGCUGGACAUGCCCCAGCCUGUGAACCCAGCGCUCAGUGCUAGGCCCAUCACUGGCCUGAUAGACAGGUUCCGCCAGUUCCGAGUGGAAAUUUCCUUCCGUUAUGAAAUAAGCAGUCAGAAUAUCAUGGUGUUUGAUGACGUGAGAAGUCUGAGGCUUAGACGUGACCUUCAAGAGGUGCCUUUUCCUUCUAGAAGAUCUCAGUACUUUGCUGCAUGGGGGGACCAGGCCUUCACCUCUGGAAAACACUACUGGGAGAUAGAUGUGGACGACGCUUGGGACUGGGCUGUAGGAGUCUGUAAGGAUACCUGGUUAAGGAAGAAUGGCUCACUGGUUGAAUCUAAGAACGUAUUUCUUCUUUUAUGUGUGAAGGAUAUUAAUCGUUACAAUCUCUUGACCACUUCCCCAGUGUUUCCUCAGUAUAUAGAGAAACCUCUGGGGCGAGUUGGUGUGUAUAUAGAUUUUGACAGUAGAAGUAUGAGUUUUGUUAAUGUUGCCAAAAGUUCCCUCAUAUGGAGAUACCCAGCCUGCUCCUUCAAUUACCCUCUCAGGCCUUUCUUUUGUACUGGCCACACAUGAUAGUGGUGAAUUCAAGAACCUGGAAACUUCAUAUCGGAGGGAGUCUUUCUCAGUUGAAGCUGAUCAAUAAUAUUUUAUUGUCUUUUAUUUUGUUCUUCUUUAAAGUAACAUUUUGUUGUUAUUAACUAUGAAAAAAAAGUUGGAAAUGAAAACUUUCGCUAGUUCAAUUUUUUUUAAUUAAAAUCAUCUCUUUUGGCACAUUACAUUUAAUAUAUACUGUGAUUAUUCACGUGUUUUAUGAGCCUGCUGGAGUUAGAAGCAUAUAUAACAAAAACUUUGAAAGCUGGAACUUGAGGGGACUGCCUUGUAUUUCGAUCUUUGUUAAGUGGAAAAUUGUUAAAAACUUCUUGGGGGUGGUGUCUGACCUCCUCCCGCCCCUAGGGAAACCAAGAUCAACAGCGCAAAGUUGACUCCCAGGAGGCAGAGGCCAGACAAGUCUCCUCUCUCUACCAUCUUUACUAAUUCUGAAACAAACCACCCCUCACACAGCACUCUCUACUUCUCUGCUGGAUGCAAUAAUUCUUUGCAAUGGCCACACAGAACUCAGGCUAUACUCAGGAUUAUAGGGUUUCUUAUAAGGGAAGUAACAAUUACAAUUCAGGCCCUGGAACAUUCAAGAUAAGAGUCUUCCAUCAGGAUAGCCUCUUCCCAGCCGUGCUCACAAGUUUGAUUCUCCUUGGCCCUCAGUCUCUGCCCAAAGGCACUCAACUUUGUCUUCUGUGGAUUGGGAAGCUACUGUACCCUCUCCUGCUGCUAGGUCUCUGCUGCUGGGUCUCCCCUGUUUGUCUCUCCUUCCUUGGUGGUGGUGGGUUCCUCUCUGCUCUGGCUCCCUCUUAAGGCAUAACUGACCAAUCCCCUUGGUAGGCCACAAUUAGCCUAUCACACAAUCAACUGAGUGUGAGUUCCCAGAUCAUGGCUAGAAAGGCCAUACACAAAAAUAAUUAAUCACACAGCAAAAAUAUUUGAUUUUUCCUCCUGAGAGGUUUCCACUUUAUACAGGUUCCAGCUUUCACAGGUUUUACUGUAUGAGUGUGAUUCCAUCUUAAAGGUGUAAUAGAGGAACACAGAGUGUUUGCAUCAUAAAGAAACCCAGUUAUGUACAAUAUAUGUGUCAGUCUUGAAUAUUCUUCUCCCUCAUCUUGAUCUCUUAAAAUCCUUCUCAAUUCAUCCUUAGGGAAAAACUCUUUACAGGGAAAUAUUCCUGGAUCCUCAGGACCAGGACAGGCCUGUCUUUAUAUAAGUCCUUUAUAUUGUCCUUUCCCUUUUAACCGUAUGAAUUAUGAGAUAAAGGAAGUGUCUCUUGUAUUCACUGCUAUUUCCUACAGGUAACACAAUGCCUAAGACAUAACAGGCUCUUAACAAAUAUCUGAAUGAACAAUAAGUGAAUGAGAUACUUGCCUUGUCUGCAAUAGGGUUGACAGUGGGUGCUGCUCCAUAUCUUUGCUCUGGUGAUUCACACUAUGCAGUAUUUUCACCGAAUUUCAUUUCUGAUAGAAAGGUUGUUCUACAACACACGGUUUCAAAGUUUUCUGAUUAAUAAUUGAGAAUAUUCAUGAAAGUAAAUGCCAUAGACCAUUAAAAAAAACAUAAAAUAAAGGUUAAACCAAUGAGAUAGGGAGCGCUGAGAUCAACAUGGCAUAAAACAGUGACACAGACCAGUGAUUCUAUCUGGUGCAGUUUCCAGCAACAUUAGUAUCGCUGAACAUUGUUAGCAAGGCAAGUUCUUGGGUCAGAACCAAAACUUACCAAACUUAUUGCCAUCGAAUCCAUUCCCACUCAUGAAGAAAAUUAUACAAUGGGGAAGGGCCUGUAAUCUGUGCAUUAGCAAUUCUGAUGAAAGCUGUAAAUAAGAAACAUGGAAUGAAUCUGAUUUAUAGAUACAAAGGCUCAGUAAAUUUCCUACAUUUCGGAACCAAACAAGAGCUAGAAACAAUUUGUUCAAUAUGGUUGUUUAAGUAUGUUGCUUUUAGUGAACAAAGAAUAACAGGAAAAGUAAGAUCUUAAGCAGACUAUUAGGGACUCAGAAAACAAAUAAAAAAUUUUGUAUUAUAGGUUAUUGUUAUGAAAGCUACAUCAACUCAUAAAUCUGGAACCAUUCAAUUACAUCAAGAGAGAAAAAUCUUUUCUUUAGCUUGCAAAAUACAGGGAACAGACAAUAGUCAAGACAACUUUCCACAGGUACAUAGCUCAAAUAAUUAAUGAGCAUGCUUUCUUGAGAAUUAGUAGGAAAGGACACUGCUAUCAGUUUUGCAGGUAUAUUAUUGUUGGAUGUAUUUAAAACUCUGGGAAUACCAUCGUAUGAGGAGAAGAUCCCACGGUGUGGCUUUAUACAUAUAAAUUUUUCUACUCGAUAGGAAUGUAAUGUAAGCAAUAUUAGAGCACCCAAAUACCAAAACCAAACCCACUGCCAUCGAGUCGAUUCCGACUCAUAGCGACCCUAUAGGACAGAGUAGAACUGCCCCAUAGAGCUUCCUUUGUGGGUCAAAAUAUCAAAUAUAUAUUCCAGAAAUUAGUGGAAGAGCCAAUGGUCUAGAGACAGUGUAGCCAUUAAGCUAUGAGCCAGUGGUGCAGGGAUGGAGAAUAAAACCACAAAAUUCAAAGAGAAAUUGUAAGACUCACUUGCUGUGUGGAUACGUGCUUUAUGACUGAGCAGAAAGGCAUUUCAAAUGGAUGUAAAAGAGAUAUACUUCCCUAUGCAUAUGCUGGGAUAUUUCCCUCAUAUUAAAAAAAAUCAAUUUCAAGUACAUUAAGGUUUAAAUUCCAUGUGACAGGCAAAUUCAUCGUUUAAAAGAAGUUGAAUAUAUGAAUACUUUUAGACACAUGUUAGGGUGUGAUUUCUUAAAGAGGAAACAAAAAAGCAAAAAUACAUGAAAUAAUGAUCAAUUUAACUACAAAAAUUAAGGAUUUCAGUCAUCAAAAGACAAAAUAAUGGAAGUGAAAAGCUGGGAGUAAAAUACUGUAACACAUAUAACCACCAAAGAAUAAGCAUCCAGAAUAUAUAACAAAUGUUUUCAAAUAUACAAGAAAAAUUUGUUGAACCUCCCACCCAUCCAAAGAACGAAA